GCGAAUCGGACUUUUGGCGGCAUUGUCAUUUUACGGUGUGUAGUUAUUCUAUAAGCGACAGUUCUUCUAUUUACAGCCGACAAAUUUGCCCUGAAGAGCAUCUAAAACCAUUUACGAGACACAAAUAGAUUGAUUUAUCUAUUGUACGAUGACGUCUUCAUCCGGUAAAGUGUUUAUCAAAGUGGAUACCAUAAACGAGCAACAGGAGAAUCUGAAAAACAGCCGGAAAAGUUUCAAAAUUCUGCAGAAAUCAUUUGAUAAAGAAAACUUGGUAGGCCGAUCACCACUGAAAGGAACGUUCACCAAAUCAAAAUCUAUUGUCACUUUCAGUGAAACGGAAAUCAACGAUUCCGAUGGCAUCAAGCGGAAAAAGGCAUGUGUCGGAUGCCAAACCAAUUUGGAGCUGCACACACUGUCACAAAUCACCGAAGAGGAUCUAACAACCACCGGUGAACCGUCCGAUGGAUAUUGGAAAGUCUUGGCCGAACAACGACGAAUCGCUUUGGAUGUAUCGCUGAAGGAAAACGAAGAGUUACAUGGCCGCGUUCAUAGCCUGGAAGAAGAAUUGGAUGUAUCCCGGGCAAUGUUGGAGGAGACACAAAAUUUAGUGGAAGUUUUGACCGAAUUGGUACAGGAACAGGACGAAAGCGCUGACAACGACAAAGAGGGUGAAUCAUCACGGCAAUCACUAUUUAAUGGAAGUAUUUCGACAGGAAAUUCUGUGACAGAGUCGACCGAUGAAAUACCAGUCGCUGGUACAAGCGACGCGAAAUAACCAUUAGAUACAAUUAACAACAGAGUCUGUGUGUGUGCGUGUGGCAUUGUGAGUUUGAUUUAUUAUUUUUCUUAUACUGAUAUUUCAUUGGUAGCAACACCUCUAUUCGUUCGAAUUAAAUAAUUUCGUUUUUACAUUUACAUGAAGUCAUGGUUGUUUAUGGAUUCUCUCGGUCCGAAGAAAAAUGUUUAGAGUUUAGAAAACGUAACAUUCAUGUUGCCUUGGAAUGUAGCUGACUGUAAUUUAACGUUGCGCUUCAGAUAAACCAAUUUAGUGAAUG